AGAAUACCAAUAUCUGUAGACUGUAGCAGUAGGCGUUAUCCGUCGCCGCCAACUGAAGCAGAUUCCUUCCUCACAACCCUUCUUCUCUCCUGGAAGGCUUCUGCCUGGAAGUGUUCAUCCCAACUUUCCUUCCAUUUUGUUCCUGCAUUCGAAACAGGGAUAAGAUUCUCAGAUGCUAAAAUCGCCAUAGCUGGGCAUUUUCCAAUAUCGUUCAAAGUCAUGAGCUUUGCGACUGCUAAAUUAUCAGAGCUCCCACUCAGAGGCCACUCCUCUUUCUUCACAAAACCCUCAUUUCGGGAAUUCCGACAACCCUUCUGCUCCUCGCUGCGAACCAACAAGUACGUCAGAACCCAGAACCCGAAAUCGAGAAAUUCCAAUUCCCCAAAUUCCACCUGGUUGUCCAAGUGGCCUCCGAAGGGGAAUUCGGUUCGAGGUUCUCCCAAGAAAGAGGUCAGCCGGAAUGUGAACGAGGAGAAGGCUCGAUAUUUGGCGAGGGAGAAAGGGGAGACUGCAAUUGAGAGAAUCGUGCUUCGGUUGAGAAAUUUGGGUUUGGGUCCUGACGACGAGGAAGGAGGAGGAGAAGAAGGGAGGGAGGAAACCCGGAUUCUGACCGCCGAGUUGCCGCCGGUUAAUGGGGAGGAGAGACUGGCGGAUCUUUUGAAGCGGGAGUGGAUUAGGCCGGACACUGUUUUGGAUGAGGACGAUGACAGUGACGAUGAAAUGGUGUUGCCGUGGGAGAGAGAAGAGAAAGAGAAGGAGAUGCAGGGAAGGGAGGAAGAUGGAGGGAGGGAAAGGAAGAGGAGACCGAAGGCUCCGACUUUGGCCGAACUGACAAUUGAUGAUGAAGAAUUGAGAAGGCUGAGAAGGAUGGGCAUGACUUUGAGAGAGUGGAUCAAUGUGCCAAAAGCUGGGAUCACCCAGGAAGUUUUGGAGAAGAUUCAUGAUAAAUGGCGAAAAGCUGAGCUGGUUAGGCUCAAGUUCCAUGAGUUUCUCGCACAUGACAUGAAAACUGGCCACGAGAUUGUCGAGCGUCGUACAGGAGGGUUAGUUUUAUGGAGGGCAGGAAGUGUUAUGAUUGUUUGCCGAGGAGCUAAUUACCAAGGACCGAAAUCUACUUCAGAAUUGGCUAGGAAAGAAGAGGAAUCUCGAUUCAUUCCAGAUGUGUCAUCUGCUGAUUCAUUCAAAUGUGAUGAGGCGGCAUUGCCAGAUCCAGAGAAGUCUAUACUACCAGUUGUGAGGCCACCACAACUGACUGAGACCUUGACUGAGCAGGAAAUCGAAUAUAACAAGCUCUUGGAUGGUUUAGGGCCCCGUUAUGAGGCGUGGUGGGGUACUGGAGUGCUUCCCGUGGAUGCUGAUUUACUUCCACCUAAAGUUCCUGGUUACAUGACGCCUUUUAGGUGUCUUCCUACUGGAAUGAGGCCUCGCCUUACCAAUGUUGAGAUGACUAAUUUGAGAAAACUUGCUAAAUCACUUCCCUGUCAUUUUGCCCUUGGGAGGAACCGAAACCAUCAAGGGCUGGCAGUUGCAAUACUCAAACUGUGGGAGCAAAGCCUAAUUGUGAAAAUUGCUGUGAAGCGAGGGAUACAGAAUACGAAUAACAAGCUAAUGGCCGAGGAAAUAAAUCAAUUAACAGGAGGCGUCCUGUUGCUUAGAAACAAAUAUUAUAUUGUCAUUUUCCGUGGAAAGGAUUUCCUGCCUGCAAAUGUAGCUUCACAAUUGGCUGAGAGGCAAGAAAUGACCAAGCAAAUUCAAGACAAUGAAGAGAAAUUAAGAAGCAACCUAGAGGCAUCACCAUCAGGCAAAGACGGUGAAGGAAAUGCACUUGCAGGGACCUUGGCAGAGUUUUAUGAAGCACAAGCACGAUGGGGAAGAGAUACAUCUGUAGAAGAGCAUGAAAAGAUGGUUGAAGAAGCUGCCAAAGCUAAAACUGCUAGGCUUGUCAGACGAAUCGAGCAUAAGCUAGCUAAUGCUAACAGCAAGAAGCUUAGAGCAGAGAAAUUGUUAUCAAAGAUAGAAGCCUCCAUGGUUCCUGCUGAUCCAGAUUAUGAUAGAGAAACAAUCACUGAUGAGGAAAGGAUUGUGUUCAGGAAAAUUGGGCUAAGAAUGAAGCCAUACUUGCCUAUGGGCAUCCGUGGUGUUUUUGAUGGAGUUAUUGAGAACAUGCAUUUGCAUUGGAAGUAUAGAGAGGUUGUGAAGCUAAUAGCCAAACAGAAGACAAUGACAUUUGUUGAAGAUACAGCUAGACUGCUGGAAUAUGAGAGUGGUGGGAUACUAGUGGCAAUAGAAAGAGUACCAAAAGGUUAUGCUCUCAUUUACUAUCGUGGGAAGAAUUACCGCCGUCCCAUUAGCUUGAGACCAAGAAAUCUUCUUACAAAAGCAAAAGCAUUGAAGCGUUUCGUAGCAAUGCAACGCCACGAGGCUCUAAGUCAGCACAUAUUUGAGCUGGAGCACACAAUAAAACAAUUGAAAGUCGAAAUUGGUUUAUCAGAGGAUGAAAGUUCUGAUAAUUGGAGCACAGGUGCAUCACUAUUGGUAGAUUCUAACUCAGACUUCACUGAAGUAGAGGAUGAAGCUUCAUAUAUAGCAUCUGAUGAGGAUGUCAGCAAUGAUGAUGGGGAAGAAGAGGAUCUUGACUGGGAAGACGAAGAUUUCGAGUCUUCGGAUUCUGAGAAUAGCGAACGAUAUCUUGGCACAUGAUAUCUAAAAGCUCAUCCAAACCUCUUUAACAACUGGAUGUCUCCUUCCCAAUGUUCAUCUUCAUAUGCAGGUAUUCAUCGAACUUUUCGAAACUAGUUCUUGCAUUGAUCGGGAAGUGUCUACUUCCCUGAAUGAGCAUAUUUCCUUUUCCUCAUAUUCUGAAUUUUAUUGGUCUGAAAGUACGCAGUGUUCACUUCCAAUAAUCAUGCUGUGUUUUCCGCGUGUUAGGAUGGUAUAUGCAUUGGUGCUUGUAACAUGGCCACGGCAAAUGAGCAAACAGUUGAUGCUUCACUUGCUGGAUUUAGUUUGUAACAUAGUAUGCCGUUGUUGUACAUACGGAAAAAGAUGAGAAAUAUGCCAAAUUUUGCAACUUAUUAUGUGAUGAGGGUUUCUACUUAUGUAUUUGAUACUGUUAUGUCAUUCAUGUCUGGUAAUUUCGUGUCGUA